CAACAUCAUAUCCCUUCUGUGAUUUUUUUCUCUCUCAUCCCCCCCCCUCCUGGCCGGCGUCACACAGGCAGCCUCGUGUGACACUGGGACCACCUCCUCGGUGAAGCUGCUCCUGAUGCUCUUCGGCUUCAGGGCUGUCUUUUGUCGCACCAUCGGGCUUUCGGUCAGAUGGCAAGCAGCUGCUCGGUCGCUGCCGGGUUUCGUGCCGCGGAAGGCCGGCUCCCCAUGGGCGCCUGCGGGCUGGAGUCGGCCGGCCGGGGCCGGUUGCCCUGUGCGCGAGGCAUCCUCCACGGCGGUCGGGGCCCGAGACACGGGUGGAGAUGACCGCCCAUGUCCCGCCGGCGUUCAUGGUGGGGACACCUAUGUGGCCCUUUCGCCGGUGGUCGACCGUCGGCCGGCUGGAUGCGCGGGGACGCGCCUGUGCCGGGACAUCGAGGCCGGGCUGGCCACCAUGCCGCGGGCAUUCCAGGAUGUUGAGGACUUUCGCCUCUUCCUGCGUCUUGCCGGGGUCCGGAAUGUCUAUCUGUCGACGACCAGCGAGGCAUCCAUCGGCCGACUGGUCGGGCUGGAUGUCACCACCACGCGACACCUGUUGGACCGGUAUGGCAAGGACUAUGGCAUUAUGCCGGGAUCCUGUGCCUGGGAGGGAGAUGUGAUGCCGGAGCAUGCGACCUUUAAGGAUGCCAUGUGCCUGGCUCGGCGGGACCCGCCGAUAUCGCGUCAGCUCCUCGCGCGACUGACAGGCAUGUCCACUGCCCAGACGAGGAGGGUCCUGGAGCAUCAUUUGUCGAGGGAGGAGCUGGCAAGGUUCCACCAGCACAGGGUGUGCCUCGGGCGCUUGGGGAAACUCCUGACCGUGGUUCCUGCCCAGCCGCUGGCAAUCAUGGCCGAGCUGCUGUCAUGCACCCCGGGGGAGGUGCGAGCCGCCCUGGCGGAGCACUUCCCAUGGUUCGAGUUUGACGAUCGGGAAAGGAUGAACCUGAAAAGCAUCUGCCUGAUUCGCCAUGCGCUCGACACCGCGAUGCUCGCGCCAUUCUCGACCACUCCGCUGGUGGAAGACAUGGCCAAGAAGACGGGCGUGACGCAGCGGAAAAUCCACCAACAUGGCCCGGGGCUGUGUCCGAAGUAUAUCAUCGCCCUGAAUGGGCCCCUGUCAUCCGGGCACUUGGCCCUGCUGCGCUCGGAAAUGGCCUCGGGCGAGCUGACCCUGAGCAAGGCGGCCGGGAUGCUGAAUCUGCCCAUUUGGAUGACGCACUGGUACAUCAGGUACUACUUCCGGAAUGCCCACAUUCCGAGAUCGGCGAGCCAGCCGAUGACGCCGGCCUCGCCGAGCCAGGCCAGUCCCAGCCUCACCCUGGUGGAGUAUUUGGAUAGAACCCUGCCCGGUCCGAGCGUGUGGCUGGAGACGCAACAGGCCCUGCAUUUGGGGGAGCAACCAUCCGCGGGUCAUUCGCUGGAGCAGCUGCUUGUCGAGGAGCUGCUGGGCGUCCUUGCGCUGAGGCCGCCACUGUCGAAGCCGGAGAUGGCCAUGCAGCUGGGGCGACCCCGGAGGGAGCUCCGAGCCGACUUUCCGGCAAUGCGGGCAAAGGGGCUGUGGCAGAACUGCCGCCUGGAUCUGGAGUUGCCGGUGGAGGACAUUUUGCACCUUCGGAGCCUCGGGGAG